AUGUCUAUCGGAGUCGCUAUCAUUGGAAGUGGUAUCUUCGCUCGGGAGCAGCAUCUCCCCGCUGUGCAAGAGGCGAGCGAUCUUGAGCUGAAGGCCGUCUACUCGCGCUCCUUGAAGUCCGCGCAGGGGUUGGCGGGGGGUCUUUCCGGCGUAGAGCUUUACUCGGGGGAUUCUGGUACUGGAAAGAGUUAUGCGGAUUUGCUUGCUCGGGAGGAUAUCGCAGCUGUGAUUUUGGUUCUGCCCAUUCCCGCUCAACCGGAAUAUAUUAAGCAGGCUCUUGCAGCGGGAAAACACGUCCUGUCUGAGAAACCCAUCGCCAAGGACCUCGUGACAGCGCAAGACCUGAUGAGCUGGUACGCCGCGAAUGUUGACCGGAGCAAGAUCUUCUGGGGCGUGGCUGAGAACUUCCGGUACACGAACAAGUGGCUGCGGACAGCCACGGAGGUGCAGAAGCUCGGCGGGAUCAAGACAUUCCGUCUGACUGCACGCUUCAAGGUUCCUACCGACUCCAAGUAUUACAAAACCGAAUGGCGCAAAACCCCAGAACACCAAGGUGGAUUCGUCCUCGAUGGCGGAGUCCACAUGGCUGCCGGGCUACGACUGAUUCUCGGUGCCGGGAAUGCAUUGAAGACGGUUUCUGCGCAGACUUGUCUCCAGCAGGAGCACCUGCCACCGCUGGAUACAGUCGACGCCGUGCUCAAGACCGAGUCAGGAGCAACAGGUGUGCUGUCUUUGUCGUAUGGCUCGGAGUUUAAAGACCUCUGCGUGGAAUUUACUUGUGCAAAAGGGGUGGUGACCCUCGUUGACGACCGGCUGACGGUUAAUGGGGAAUCGUUCGAUAUUCCCUUUGAGGGUGUGGGAGUGAAGGAGGAGGUAGCAGCAUUCGGGGCGUCGAUUGUCAAGGGUGCACUGGACAAGGAGUUACAUCCUGAGCAGGCCUUAGCGGAUCUAGAAGUAUUGGAGAUGAGUUUCCAGAGCGGCGAGGGCGAUGGAGAGAAAAAGCGCGAAUUUUCGAGAUCGAUUUUCGACCCGUCCGACAACUCCCAGCGCCAACCGCGAGACGACGACAAGAUGGUCCUCGCCAAGAAGCACGUCCCUAUCGUUAAGAAGCGCACCAAGCGUUUCUUCCGCCACCAGUCCGACCGCUUCAAGUGCGUGCCGGAGUCAUGGCGCAAGCCCAAGGGUAUCGAUAGUCGCGUCCGCAGACGCUUCAAGGGCAACAUUCCCAUGCCUUCGAUCGGUUACGGCAGCAACAAGAAGACCAAGCACAUGAUGCCCUCCGGCCACAAGGCUUUCCUCGUCCACAACCCCAAGGACGUCGAGCUUCUGCUCAUGCAUAACCGCACCUAUGCUGCUGAGAUCGCCCACGCCGUUUCCUCUCGCAAGCGUGUCGAUAUCAUCGCCAAGGCCAAGGCUCUCGGUGUCAAGGUUACCAACCCCCGUGGCCGUGUUACUACUGAGGCUUAA